UGACCCUUAGGUCUGUGCACAGAUGGGAAUCUGAAGUGUUGCUCCAGCCCAAGGUAAAGUGAACCGGAAGGCGUGAAGAGGCCUUGUCCGCCACACACAGAGAUGGGUUUGUGUCUCCGGAGGGUGCCACAGGCGGUACUUCGCACAGGACAGGCUGGCGUGCGCUUUUGUCUUGGUCUCUUGCCUCUUCAGGGUCCGCCCCGCCACUGCUCUGAAAAUGGCCGCCGCUCUGAUGGACUCUGCCUAGGUUUCCAUGGCUUCAGGAGUGCUUAUGAGCUAUACACAGGACAGUGUGACCUUUGGGGAUGUGGCUGUGGACUUUUCCUGGGAGGAGUGGAAGCUUCUUGAUGAAAUGCAGAGACUCCUGUACCGAGAUGUGAUGCUGGAGAACUUUGCCCUUGUGGCCUCAUUGGGACUUGUGUCUUCCCAAAUUCAUGUCUUGGUCCAGCUGAAACUGGAGGAAGACACGAAGGGGGCUGAUGGAGCACACUUGACUGUAGCCACAGGGGAGCCCUGGAGACAGGCUGUCUCUGGUUCUUGGUUUCGAGUGGAAGAUGAGGAGGUACCUUCACUAGGAUCGUCACGGUUUAGGGUUCCCAAAGUGGAUCUGGCUACUCUGAAAGCCUACCCUUGUGGGAUGUGUGGCCCAGUCAUGAAAGACAUUUUACUACUUGCUGAGCAGCAGGGAAUACAUCCCAGGCACAAACUACACACAUGUGGGUCGUGUGGUAGACAGUUCUGGUUCAGUAUAAGCAUCCCUCAGGACCAGAAGCAGCACAGUGGAAGGAAUCACCUCAGAGGUGAUGAGGACAGGGCUGCACAUGUGAACAUCUGCCAGCUUCGUGUGUCAGGGAAUCCUCUCACAUGUGAAGAUGGUGGGAAGAACUUCCUGUCCAGCUCAUACCUUGUGCAGCAUCAGACCAUUCACACCAAGGGGAAUUUUCCCGUACGCACUGAGAGCAAUGAGGCUUUUCAUGUCAGAGAAGACCAUUACAAGUGCAGUGAAUUUGAGAAACCCUUAAGCUACACACACAGACUUCUUCAACACCAGAGGAUUCACACUGGAGAGAGGCCCCAUGUGUGCAGUGAAUGUGGUAAAUCCUUCAGACAGAAAGGCAGACUUGUUCAGCACCAGAAAGUCCACAGUAGAGAAAGGACUUACCAAUGUAGCGAAUGUGGGAAAUCCUUUCGACAAAGCUAUGGCCUCAUUCAGCAUCAGAGAGUUCACACAGGAGCGAAACCUUAUAAGUGUAGUGAAUGUGGGAACUUUUUUAGCUACAAAACCACAGUUAUUCGGCAUCAAAGAAUCCAUACUGGAGAAAAACCUUAUGAAUGUAGUGAAUGUGGGAAAUCCUUUAGACAAAGGUCUGGCCUUAUUGGACACCAGACAGUUCACUCUGGAACAAAACCUUAUGAGUGUAGUGAAUGUGGGAAAUUUUUUAGCCGCAAAGUCACACUGAUUCGGCAUCAGAGAAUCCACACGGGAGAAAGACCUUAUAAAUGCACUGAAUGUGGAAAAUUCUUUAGCCAAAGCUCUGGCCUUAUUUCACACCAGAGAGUUCACACUGGUGAAAAGCCAUAUGAGUGCACUGAAUGUGGGAAAUGUUUUAGCCAUAGAUCAAGCCUCAAUUUACAUCAGAGAGUUCACACUGGUGAAAGGCCUUAUGUUUGCAGUGAAUGUGGGAAAGCCUUCAGCCUUAAAUCUGCUCUUGUUCGACACCACAGGAUUCAUAAUGAAGAAAGAACUUACAAGUGCAAUGAAUGUAAAAAAUCUUUCACUGACAAGUCUAGCUUGGUUAAACAUCAACGAAAUCACGUUGAAGAAAAGCCCUAGACCAAUGCGAUCUAUACGUGCAGUGAAUGUGGAAAAGGCUUUGGCAAACAAUCAAUCCUUAAUCGCCACUGGAGAAUUCAUACAGGAGAGAAGCCCUAUGAAUGUCGUGAGUGUGGGAAGGCUUUUAGCCAUGGUUCAUCCCUUACUCGGCAUCAGAUAAGCCACAGUGGAGAGAAACCUUACAAAUGUACUGAGUGUGGGAAGGCCUUCAGUCAUGUCUCUUCACUUACUAAUCAUCAGAGCACUCACACUGGAGAGAAACCGUACGAAUGUAUGAACUGCAGGAAGUCUUUCAGUCGUGUUUCGCAUCUCAUUGAACACCUGAGAAUUCAUACUCAAGAAAAACUUUAUGAGUGUCAAAUGUGUGCGAAGGCCUUCAUUCAUAGGUCAUCUCUUAUUCACCAUCAGAAAAUUCAUACGGGAGAGAAACCUUACGAAUGUAGUGAGUGUGGGAAAGGUUUUUGCUGUAGUUCACACCUUACUAGACAUCAAAGAAUCCACACUAUAGAGAAACAAUAUGAAUGUGACAGAUGCCUGAAAGUCUUUAGUAGUCUCUCAUUUCUUACUCAGCAUCAGAGUAUUCAUACUGAAGAAAAACCCUUCGAAUGUCAGAAAUGCAGGAAAUCCUUCAGCCAGCCUGAAUCACUGAAUAUGCAUUUGAGAAAUCACAUUAGGUUGAAACCUUAUGAAUGCAGCAUAUGUGGGAAAGCCUUCAGCCAUAGGUCAUCCUUGCUUCAACAUCACAGAAUUCAUACUGGAGAGAAACCUUACGAAUGUAUUAAGUGUGGGAAGACCUUCAGUUGUAGUUCAAACCUUACAGUACAUCAGAGAAUUCAUACUGGAGAAAAGCCAUAUAAAUGUAAUGAAUGUGGGAAAGCUUUUAGCAAAGGCUCAAAUCUUACUGCCCAUCAAAGAACGCAUAUUGGAGAGAAACUCAGUGCAAUGAACAUGGAAAAAUGUUUAGGCCAAAUAAGUCACUAUACAUGUCAGAAGUCAUAUGAGAGUGAAACUGUAUGAAACAGUAUUUGUUCUAAUGAGCUUUAGCCACAGAUCCUCUAAUUCAACAUUAGACAAUUUUUACUGAAGAAAAGUAUGGGAAUACCUUUAGUAAUGGUACAACCUUAUUGUCUAUCAGAGUUCACCCUCUAAGAAACUAUAUAAUGACAGUGAAUGUGGGAAAGCCUUUGUCAGUUGAUACUUAAAUGACAUAAGUAAAUCUACGCUAGAAAAAAAAACUACAUAUAACAAAUAUGAGAAAGACCAUAGGCAAUAUGAAUUUCUUAACAACUUGUGCAGUAGACAAGUUCUAGGAACAUAGAAAGUUAAGAAUGUGUGAGAAGUCCUCCAGUUGAAGUACAUCUCUCACAUUGGAGAGAAAUCUGACAUAAGCAGAUUGUUCACUGAAGGUUAUCUUGCUAGACAUUAGAGUUCUAGAACAACAUAAAGGAUGCUGGAAUGAUGCGUAGAUCUUUGCAGUGGUACUAUUUGUAAACAAAAUUCUACAAGGAGCAGACAAAUAUUUUUACAGCAGUACCUUGCAAUUUGAGUCCUAACAGAAAUUAUUUUUAGCUAAUGGUCAUGUGAAGAUAUUUAGUAAUCCAGUGGAUACAAUACAUGUUAUAAUGUUGAAAAUGAAAGCUGCAAAAGAAUGUUAUUAAAUUU